AUGUUUUAUUGGUUGACAAAAAAAAGAAUAAGCCUUUAUAUUGCUUUAUCAACAGCAUUUUUAUUAACUAUGUAUAAUUAUUAUAGUAAAGUAGAUGAUGAUAACCCUUAUUUAAAUGGAGAACAAUAUUUUAAUAGUGAAAAUACUAAAAACAUUGAUAGGUUGUGCUCAACACUUUUUACCAAUGUUUGUUAUUCUGUAGUUGACCGUAUAUCUGAAGAUGGAUUUGUAGAUAGAUUUAUUAUUUUAAAUGACGAUUUUCGAUUUUUAGAAACAUCAGUAAAAUUAAUUAAACCAGAUGGUCAUGAUUUUUGGACUUCUGAUACAACACUUUGGAAAAUAAAUCAUAAUCAUAUUGAUGGUGAUUAUAUUAUAAUGUUAGCUACAAUUCCUUUUGCAAUGAAUAUAAUGUCCCAAUCUCCUAAUACAAAAGGAAAUAUAUUAGAAAUUGGUCUUGGUGGUGGUUCACUUUCAAUGUUUUUACAUACAAAAUAUCGUAAUUUUAAUAUAACAGUUUCUGAGAUAGAAGAACAAAUGAUUAUUAUUGCAAGAAAAUAUUUUGAUAUUCAAUAUAAUAGUCAUAAUUAUCAUAUAAAAUAUGAAGAUGGUAUUAAAACAAUUGAGGAUUCAGUAUUAUCUAAUACUUUGUAUGAUGUUAUAAUAUUAGAUGCAUGCGAAGCAUCUGAACCUAUUCCCUGUCCGGUAGAAGCAUUUACAAAGGAUGACAUACUAGAUAAAAUAAAGCAAAUACUAAAACCAACUGGUAUUUUUAGUGUCAAUUUAUUAAUAACAAAUGAAAAUAGUUCUUACCACUUUAAAAAUUUUUUAGAAAAAUUAUUUAAAAGAUUUCCUGUAUGCAUGUAUGGACAUUCUGAUGAUGAACUUAAUACUGUUAUCGGAUGUGUAAAAUAUUCUAUUAAUAAUUUAGAAGAAUCUCAAUCAAUUUUUCAAAAUACCUAUGAAAAAUUAAUUGAUGAAUGGCAGUUACCAGAAUAUAUGAAAGAUAUUAAAUUUAAACUUUUAAAUAAAUCAGGAUUGAAAACGAUUUAUUGA